CCAGGCUUCGGAAAUUCGUCCCACUUUCUUGAGCAGCGGAACAGAAGACGGGCAGGAGCUCUGCUGCUUGCGCCCUGCUCAAGUCUGCACGGCGCCCACAAUGAAUCCGACACUGUAAGGCAAGGCUCCACCACAAUGGCCUUCGUGACAUGGCAUCACGAAACAUCCGAGGAGUAAGUACGUCAUCACUGCAUCAGAAGGAACAAAAAGCAGCAAGAAGACGCGAGUUACACAACAUUUUUUCUGUUGGACGGACGCAGACACGUGCUGGCGGACGCGGCUAUGGCGUGCUAUAAGCAACUGGCGCUAGGGGCUGUGGCCAAUCUGGGAACAGUAGCUUCAGGAAUGACGCUUGGAUUCUCCGCCGUGGCGCUACCAGCCAUGCAGGCAUUAGACCACACACCUUGUGUAUCCGACGCACAAGCGUCAUGGAUAGCCUCGCUUACUACCCUCGGGAUGCCUCCGGGAUGUCUCCUGAUGGGCCCAAUGUUGCACAGACUGGGGCGCAGGCGCACCCUCUUACUGGUCAACGCGCCCGCAGUGAUAGGUUGGCUCCUCAUUGCCACGGCUUCUCACAGCGAGCCCUGGUUCUUGUACCAGGUGUACACGGGUCGACUCCUGACAGGGAUCGCUGCAGGGCUCGUCAGUACCCCGGCCGUUGUGUACGUCGGUGAGGCCAUGGAUAAGAUCUGGAGGGGAGUUCUGAUCACGUGGCCGAGCAUAGGUGUUUCUCUGGGCAUCCUGGUGGUCUACGUGCUGGGGUCCUUGUUUCGGGACAACUGGCGCCUGGUGGCUGGUAUCAGCAGCUGUGUCCCGAUGAUAUCCAUUAUUGCGGUGUGGUUCCUGCUGCCCGAGAGCCCCGUGUGGCUCGUGUCGCGGGGCAGGAUUGAGGAAGCACAAGCCUCCAUGAGACUCAUACGAAGCGUACCCGAGGAUACCAGCCUCUCGGACAGCUUGCAGCAGGAGUUGGACAUCGCGUUGGCGCGCGAGGACCAACAGAACAGCUGGAAGGACACGCUCAGCUUCCUGAAGAGACCCGAGGCCUACAAGCCGCUUCUCAUCAUGAACGCGUUCUUCUUCUUCCAGCAGUUCUCUGGAAUAUUCGUCGUCAUUUUCUACGCGGCCAGUAUUGUCCGGGAUACGGGACUGUCAUUCGACGAUUACCUGGCAACCGUCCUGAUUGGCGUGUCCAGGUUCGCCACGUCACUUGCUAUCAGCUACGCGUCCAAACGGUGCGGCCGUCGGCUGCUCUGUAACAUAUCGGGAGUGGGGACGACGCUGUCUGUAGGGGCGCUGGCAGCGUUCCUCAGUUUCAUGCACUGCGGAAUCAUCAGUCCUGAGGCAGUGAUGACGUACAGCUGGUUUCCUGUCACAGCGCUCAUUCUGUCCGUGAUGACAGGUACGGUCGGUUUUAUGACGCUUCCGUUUGCAAUGCUGGGGGAGGUAUUCCCUCUCGAGAUAAGGGGUUCGGCUUGUGGGUUCACAACCUUCAUGGCGACCAUCUUCAGCUUCUUGGCGGUGAAGCUGUUCCCCGACAUGGGGCACUGGAUGGGAUAUGACAACGUGUUCACUCUGUACACUGCAGUGAUUGCCAUAGGAACCGUCACGAUGUACUUCUGUCUGCCCGAGACGCAUGGGAGGACGCUACCAGAGAUCGAGGAGCUCUUCAGAAGCUAAAGGUGGAGAUAAGGAGGCCGAGAAGCUGACGAAUUCUGACAAGCACGAGAGGUGGCCUCAAAGAAGGGGGGAAUAAAACGGAAGGACAGUGGAAUGUCUCUGCAUGUGUCCCUCGUACGUAAUAUCUCUUUCUUAUCAACAGUUUUCGAGCUGUACAGUGAAAUGGCUCUAUCUAGGAAACCGUUCGGAAUAGAACACAUAUACAUAUAAACAUUUUUCUUAGAGUGACCCGCUACUAUGACCUCACAGAGUAUUGACCUUCCUUCCUGGGACACCUGUAUAAUGUGGCAAGGUAACAAAUGAAUAAACAUUUGAAAGUAUUUAGAA